UGCACUUUGACCGUCUCUUUUCUGUUGUGGGGUGUUGUUGUGUUCAGUUCUCAACUCUGCAAGAAGCUAAGAGAACAUUUGAAUGAAAGAUCAUGACUGAAGAGGGGUUUGAUGUGAUGGUGGUUGGCUCCUGUAUGACUGACUUGGUGAGCCAGGCACCAAGACUACCAAAAGCUGGGGAAACCAUCCAUGGUCACAAGUUCUUCAUUGGCUUUGGAGGGAAGGGGGCCAACCAGUGCAUACAGGCUGCAAGACUGGGAGCCAAAACCGCAAUGGUCUGCAAGGUUGGUAAAGACUUCUUUGGAGACAAUUACAUUCAGAAUUUCAAAGACUAUGGUGUAAACACAGACUUUGUCGGGCAAGCAUCUGAUGCAGCCACAGGAGCUGCCUCAAUCAUUGUAAACGAUGCAGCGGUGAAAGACAAAGCAAGAAGAACAACACACAAAUGCACGACAAAACGUGAUAAUGCCAUUGUGAUCGUGGCUGGUGCCAACAUGCUGCUGGGCAGUGAGGAGCUGCACAGAGCUCUUCCAGCCAUCAGUCAUGCAAAGGUCCUUGUGUGCCAGCUGGAGAUCAGCCCUCAGACGUCCUUGCAGGCGCUACGCAUGGCUCAGGAGAACAAAGGUCAGUGAG